AUGGCGCUGGACGAGUCCUCGGUCCUCAUGGACCGCGCGCUCGUGACCUUGUGCCAGGACCUGCCCGAGUCGCUGGGUCUGUACAACACGGAGAAGGACCAGCUCGCGCUCAAUGCGAUACGUACGGUCCCGCUGCUGGAGCACGUGGGCGCCGACUCGCGCAAGUUGGCGCUCGUGCGCGACUGGAUGCGCGCGUACGAACCAGCGGGAGACGAGCCGCUCAGUACUGAGAUUUGUAUGGAAUCGCUGAAGGAGACGGAUCGACGGGAGCGCCAAGAGCGCGAGAAGGAGCUGCUGAAGGUUGCGAUGAGCGCGCAGGACGCAGCAGAGAGGGGCGUGGAGAAUGACAAGAAGAAGGAGAAGAGGGAGAAGAAGAGGGAGAAGAACAAGCGGCAGCGAAAGGACAAGGAGACGGUCAAGGAGGAGAAGACGAAGGCUGUGGCGGAUAGAGAUGGCAGGAAGAAGAGGAAAGCAGAAACGCAGCGCGUGCACGUGGAAGGGAGUGACGUGGAGGACGAGCUGUCGCUUGACGAGUCGAGCAGCAGCACAAGCGACGACGAGUCAAUGUCGUCGUCCAGUGCAGAGUCGGACAGUGGCAGUCGGCCGACGAGACGCACGAAGAGGUCGAGCAACUUGCCGCCGAUAGAAGUGGUGUUGUCGUCGGACGGGGACGAUGACGACGAGCCGAACGACAUGUUUGACACGGAAGAUCCGGAUGUGUACGAAGUGGAGAAGAUUUUGAGGAAAAAGACGGCUGAAACGUUCGGUGAGCAGGACUUGUACGAAGUCAAGUGGGAGGGCUACGACGAGACGACGUGGGAGCCCGCGAGCAACAUUUCCAAGGACUUGAUCGACGAGUUCGAGGGACAGCCUGUACGUGAGGAUGUGUACACGGUGCAGGAAAUUGUAGAUCGUCGCAGGAAGCGGGACGCCACAACGAGACUAAAGACGUACGAGUACAAGGUCAAAUGGGUCGGCUACGACGAGUUAACGUGGGAGCCCGCCGAAAAUCUGCCGCACAACUUGCGACGGAAGUUUGACCGUAGUUAUGAAACUCGGGAGCGCAAACGAUCGUGA